AUGACCUGGAACAACCCCCCUCCCCCUCCCUCCGACGACGACGCCGACGACGGCCGCCUCCGCGAGCUCGGGUACAAGCAGGAGCUCAGGCGCCACCUCUCGGUGCUGUCCAACUUCUCCAUCUCCUUCACCGUCAUCUCCGUGCUGACGGGGGUCACCACACUCUACAACACCGGCCUCGCCUUCGGCGGGCCCGCCACCAUGACGCUCGGCUGGUUCCUCGCGGGCGCCUUCACCAUGGCCGUCGGCCUCUCCAUGGCCGAGAUCUGCUCCGCCUUCCCCACCUCCGGCGGCCUCUACUACUGGAGCGCCCGCCUCUCCGGCCACCGCUGGGCGCCCUUCGCCUCCUGGAUCACCGGAUGGUUCAACAUCGUGGCACAAUGGGCAGGCACUGCCAGCAUCGACUUCUCGCUGGCACAGCUAAUCCAGGUGAUCAUCCUUCUCAGCACUGGGGGCAACAAUGGCGGGGGUUACUUGGCGUCAAAGUACGUCGUUUUUGGCUUCCACGCAGGGAUUCUGCUGAGCCACGCCGCCAUCAACAGCCUCUCCAUCACUUGGCUAUCUUUGCUCGGACAGUUCGCUGCGCUUUGGAAUAUGCUAGGUGUCUUUAUCCUGAUGAUUGCUGUACCAGUUUUUGCUACUGAGAGGGCCAGUGCAAAAUACGUUUUCACCCAUUUCAACACGGAUAACAGCGCCGGAAUCCACAACAACCUCCACAUCUUCGUUCUGGGUCUCCUCAUGAGCCAAUACACGCUGUCAGGAUACGACGCAUCUGCACACAUGACCGAAGAGACGAAAAACGCAGGCAGGAACGGCCCGAUUGGAAUAAUCAGUGCCAUCGGUAUAUCGUUGGUAGUAGGCUGGGGGUACAUUCUUGGCAUCACGUUUGCAGUGAAGGACAUCCCCUUCCUCCUGAGCCCCGACAACGAUGCGGGAGGGUACGCGAUCGCUCAGGUGUUCUACCUCGCCUUCAAAAGCCGGUACGGGAAUGGUGCUGGAGGAAUCGUCUGCUUGUGGAUCGUCGCCGUCGCUAUAUACUUCUGUGGCAUGAGCUCGAUGACUAGCAACUCAAGGAUGACUUAUGCGUUCUCAAGAGAUGGGGCGAUGCCGUUUUCAUCCAUCUGGCACAAGGUUAACAAGCAAGAAGUGCCGAUAAACGCCGUCUGGCUCUCAGCUUUCAUUUCCCUUUGCAUGGCAUUGCCGUCUCUGGGCAGCCUGGUCGCGUUCCAGGCGAUGGCAUCUGUCGCGACGACCGCGAUCUACAUCGCCUACGCGCUGCCGAUCCUCUUCCGCGUGACGCUGGCGCGCAACCGCUUCGUACCAGGCCCCUUCAGCCUCGGCCGGUACGGCGUGCUCGUGGGCUGGAUCGCGGUGCUCUGGGUUGCAACCAUCACCGUGCUCUUCUCGCUGCCGGUGUCGUACCCGGUGACCAAGAACACCCUCAACUACACUCCGGUCGCCGUCGGUGGGCUCUUCACCCUGAUCUUGUCGUCGUGGAUCGUCAGCGCAAGGCGCUGGUUCACGGGUCCCGUCACGAAUUUGGGAGGAUAG